AUGGCUCUUCACCUGUCUUGGGCUUUCGUUUUUGGCAUUCUUGGCAACGUUGUUUCAUUUUUGGUGUCCCUUGCUCCCCUGCCAACAUUUUACCAAAUAUACAAGAAGAAAACAUCCGAAGGGUUCCAAUCAAUUCCCUACGUGGUUUCGCUCUUCAGUGCGAUGCUUUGGAUUUACUAUGCUCUCUUGAAGAAGGAUGCUAUGCUUCUCAUCACCAUCAACACUUUCUGUUGUUUCAUUCAGACUUUUUACAUUGUUACUUACUUUUACUAUGCUCCUAAGAAAGAAAAGGUUGUGACUGUGAAGCUUAUGCUCCUGUUUAAUGUUUUUGGGUUUGGAGUAAUCUUUUUCUCAACUUUCUUCCAACAAAACCCCUUGACUCGUCUCCAAAUUCUUGGUUACAUUUGCAUGGCAUUCUCUUUGAGUGUGUUUGCUGCACCUCUUGGCAUUGUGAGAAAAGUCAUAAAAACCAAGAGCGUGGAGUACAUGCCAUUAACUUUAUCAGUGUUCCUCACCUUAGGAGCGGUGAUGUGGUUCUUCUAUGGGCUUUUGUUAAAGGAUAUGAACAUUGCUGUUCCAAAUGUACUUGGAUUUAUCUUUGGAAUUCUUCAAAUGAUACUUUAUGUAAUCUACAAAAACUACCCACAAAAAGUGGUGGAAGAUCCAACGCUUCAACUACCAGAACACAUAGUAGUUGAUGUUGUCAAACUAGACACGAUGGUGUGCUCGGAGGUGAACGCUGUAGUUCCUAAACCAAACGACACAAACAACAAUGGAGGAUCAGUCGAAGCUCAAAACAUUAAGGAAAACACUAAGGUUCCUGACGCUUCCAACGAAGUUUAAAAGUUGCAUGGAAACAAAAAUAAAAUUAAAUAUAUAUUCAAGUGCGCACUUUAGGUCUGAUAAAUGGUCCAGUUGGAUAUGUCUUGGAAGCUAAGUGUAGCUUGGUUUGC